CGGCCUGAGGCGGCCGCCCGCCAGCCUGCCGCCAUGCCGGUGAAGAACCGGUACAACCUGGUGGACGAUGGCUGCGAUUCCCGCGUCCCGCUGCACAACGAGGAGGCCUUCCAGCACGGCAUCCACUUCCAGGCCAAGUACAUCGGUAGCUUGGAUGUACCCAGACCCAACAGCCGUGUGGAGAUUGUGGCAGCCAUGAGAAGGAUUCGGUAUGAAUUCAAAGCCAAAAACAUUAAGAAGAAGAAAGUGAGCAUCAUUGUGUCUGUGGACGGGGUGAAGGUGAUUCUGCGCAAGAAGCAGAAGAGAAAGGAGUGGACCUGGGACGAGAGUAAGAUGGUGGUGAUGCACGAUCCUGUGUACAGAAUCUUCUAUGUGUCUCACGACUCGCAAGACCUGAAAAUAUUCAGUUACAUCGCAAGGGAUGGUGCUAACAACUCCUUCAGGUGCAACGUCUUCAAAUCGAAGAAGAAGAGCCAGGCGAUGCGGGUGGUGCGCACGGUGGGGCAAGCCUUCGAGGUCUGCCACAAGCUGAGCCUGCAGCACGCCCUGCAGAACGCCGACGGGCAGGCGGACGGUGCCAGCGACAAGUCGGCCGAGGAGCAGCCGCUGGAAGUUCACCAGAUAAAGGGCUCCAAGAUCACGGAUGCGGACGAGGUUGGCAUCGACUCUGACAGCAUCUGUGUGUCCGAGAGGGGACCCGGAGAGCUCCCCGCUGGCAGGGGGGACCUCGGCAUGCUGAAACCUGGGCAAGCCUCAAAGGAUAAGAACUGCCAGGAUGCCGAGAACUGUUCCCUCCACCCGGCCAGCUCCCAGCAGCUGCUCAGCCCCAGCAGCCCCUGCUCCUCGGCCUCCAUCACCCCGCUGGCCUCCCAGCACUGCCUCCAGCUGCUCCAGCAGCAGCUCCUCCAGCAGCAGCAGCAGACGCAGGUGGCCGUGGCCCAGGUCCAGCUGCUGAAGGACCAACUGGCGGCCGAAACGGCGGCGCGGAUCGAAGCCCAGGCCCGGGUACGGCAGCUCCUCCUGACCAACCGGGACCUGCUGCAGCACGUCUCCUUGCUGGUGCGGCAGCUGACGGUGCUGGAAGCCCGGGAGCAACACCGGCAACCGGUUGACCGCUCCUUGCAAAACCUGUCCCUGGCUCAGUCCCUCUCCCUGAACCUGAAGAACCACUACAGCUUGGACGUCCACCUGCCCUCCACCUCCACCCCUGCCAGCAUCCUGGGCAGCCCCGUGGCCCCCGGAUCGCUGCCAGCCCUGGGCCCCGGGGACUCCUACCUCAACCUCAUCAGCCUGGAGAGGGGCGGCCGCCGCUACGGCAGCAAGGAGGGGGACGAGUGCCUGGCUGUGCUGGAGGGGCAGGAUGGGCUCAGCCGGCGCGUGGAGGGCUCCGAGGUCAGCGAGUUCACUCUGCUCAACGGGAGCAGCCGGCAGAAGGUGGACGACACGGACAGAGGGGACGAGGAUAGGCGGCAGCAGCCCAUUCCCAAGCUCAACCCGCCACCGCCCAUCCUACGCAAAAGGUCAAGCAAGACCUCCCCGAGCCUGGAAGUGGAGGUGAAGCCCGAGAGCACUGCCCAUAUGAGCUUGCCCAGCCCCAGCGCCUCCAGCCUCACCAGCAUUGCUGCCGGCUCGCUCACCUUCUUGGACCCCGAGGCAAGGACUCCUGCACGGAGCACUGCCUCCGGCACAGAGCCCGUUCCUGCUGGGACCUGCCAGCGUGCUCUGGGCAAGGACAGGACUGGAGAGAGCGGGCAGAUGUCCCCCCUGGCCAACAUCCGCGACCCUGCAGCCAGCGAGGCCCUGGCGAAGGACUUAGCUGCCCUGGCCAGCCCCACGGACAGCACGCUGCCCUUCUCCCCUGCGGAUGACACCUGCUUGCACAUCAGCUUCUCUGAAGAUGAGCUGCUUGAACCAGAGCUGGACACUGCUGUGGGGCCCAGCAGGGUCCCUUCUUAGUGGGACUGCAGUAGGUGGCAGCUGGCUGGCAGGCAGUCCCAGCAUCUCCGUCCACACUGAUCCACCAGCCCACGCUGGGGCUGGGACCCCCUGUGCCCAGGCUGGGAGGCAGGUCCCUGUGCUGUCCCUGUCCCGUGCAGCAGCUCCCCUCGCCACAUACGGGACUGCCAGGCAGGAUGCGACCUGGCCAGCCCCUGCCCUCGGUCUGCACCAGAUCACACUGCCUUCCUGCUGCCCCGUCCUCCCGUCUGCUGCCCAUCCCGUCCCUUCUCACGCAGCCAGGGGUGCUGCAUGGGGUCCCUG